UGAGGUUUGAAGGCCAGGCCACCUUGGAUAUUUCCCCCACCAGUCAACAACAAUGGUGCGCCUCCUUCAUGUCCUGCGUCCGCUCAUGAGCGUCAUCCCUGACAUCACCACGCCCGACCGCCGCAUCCCCUUCCGCGAAAAGGUCGUGUGGACCGUCGUGGUGCUUCUCAUCUUCCUCGUGUGCUCCCAAUUGCCGCUGUACGGCGUCAAGAACAACUCCGCCAGCGACUCGCUAUACUGGAUGCGCGCCAUCUUGGCGUCGAACCGUGGCACGUUGAUGGAACUCGGCGUCGGUCCCAUCGUGUCGUCAGGGCUCAUUUUGCAAUUGCUGGCCGGCUCCGGUCUGCUUGAAGUUGACCAAAACAGCAAGGAAGACCGUGCGUUGUUCAGCGGCGCGCAAAAGCUGAUCGGAGUGUUCAUCACGCUGGCUCAAGCGACCGCGUAUGUCUUUGCUGGCAUGUACGGCAGUGUGGGCGAGAUUGGCGCCGCGAACGCCAUCUUGAUCAUCGUGCAGCUGUUCUUUGCCGGUUUGGUCGUGAUUGCGCUCGACGAAGUGUUGCAAAAGGGCUACGGGUUUGGCUCGGGCGUGUCGCUCUUCAUUGCGACCAACGUGUGCCAAAACAUCGUGUGGGACACAUUCUCCCCCGUGUCCAUCACGACCGGCCGCGGCACCGAGUUCCACGGCGCCGCGAUUGCGUUCUUCCACGUGUUGUUCUCGCGCGAGAACAAGCUCAACGCCAUCAAGGAAGCAUUGUACCGCCAGAACCUCCCCAACAUCACCAACGUGCUGUCGACCAUCCUCAUGUUCGUGCUCAUCACGUACGUCCAUGGCUUCCGCAUCGACCUCCCCAUCAAGUACGCAAAAUUCCGCGCACAACAAGGCGCGUUCCCCGUCAAAUUGUUUUACACGUCCAACAUGCCCAUCAUCUUGCAAACGGCCCUCGUCUCCAACUUUUACUUUGCGUCUCAAUUGCUCUUCAAGAAGUUUGGCGACAACUUUUUGAUCCGCCUCGUCGGGGUGUGGGCCGACGUCGAAGGCACCACCGGCGCCAUCCCCGUCAGCGGCUUGGCCUACUACAUCUCGGCGCCUGGCAGCGCCGCCGCCAUCUUGUACGACCCUAUCCGCGCCCUCGUGUACGUGGCGUUCGUGCUCGGCUCGUCGGCGUUCUUUGCCAGCGUGUGGAUCGAAAUCUCGGGGUCGUCGUCGCGGGACGUUGCUAAGCAGCUUCGCGACCAACAAAUGGUCAUGAAGGGCCACCGCGACACGUCGCUCGUGCACGUGCUCAACCGCUACAUCCCCGUGGCCGCGACCUUUGGCGGCGUCGCCGUCGGCGCGUUGGUGAUCGUGUCCGACUUUUUGGGCGCCAUCGGCUCGGGCACCGGCGUGCUCUUGGCCGUGACCAUCAUCUACCAGUACUUUGAAGCGUUUGCACGGGAACAAGCCGACCUGCAGUCGUUGCUGGGCUUCUCAUAGACGACCAAGAACAGGUUGUUCGUUUCCAUGAUGACAGACACCUCACGCGACAGUCUAGAUUGUGUGAAAAACCAACAUAGUAUACAAUAAUGCCACUACUUCAUUCAAAUCUGUCGAGGUUUCAGGGUCCUCCUCGCUGUAGUUUUUGCUAUCGAUCGCGUGGAAGGCUGAUAGUGGUGCUUCGUAGCCCC